CGUGGAUUGUGAGUGAGGUGCUGUGGCCUAUAAGUUGACACCCACUUCUCAUUUUUAGCCUAUAUUCAUUUACAUGUUGUAAAAUUAACUAUGCCGAAUGAGUAAUUAGCAGUUGCUGUUUGCUAUGUACCAUUGCAUGUGCUAACAACUACCACUGGAUUCCUUAGGUACACAAGAAAACUUAAAAAUGUGUUAAUUCACAGGGAAGUUCUGCAGGAACGUGUCGUUUCAAUAAUUUCUGGACGUUUAUGCGCGAUGGACAUCAGAGAUAGCGAUAUCACCCGAAAGCUAGCCUACCGUAAUGCCCAACCUGGCAACACGGGAUCGAAUCACGCUCCUGUUUUUACGUCGCCAUGGCAACACGACCUGCGCGCUUCAGAUUUACUAACUUCUUCAGUAACUUUCUACGAGUUUUCCCAAUGAACCAUGGGCAACAUGUACCGAGGAUUCAAUAAAAAUAAGAUUUCUGCUGCACCCUCCAUACCAACAAAAUAUCAAAGAGUGGUGAUAACAAAUCAAGACAAGAAGGGGUUUUCAUGUCAAGCUAAGCGAUUUCCUUCUCAAUUCUGUCUGAAUGACAAUCCAGGACCGGGAAGCUAUGGUUGUAUUUCCAGUGCUGAAGUUAAAAGUCCCUCUUUCUCAAAGAAAGGCACCACCGGCUUUGUUGCAUCGAAGGCUGCUAGGAGUUACAGUGACCCACAGAGAGCCACCCCAGGACCAAAUGUAUACAACAUACAGAGCUCAUUUAUAAACAAGCAUGACUUCAACACUGGAGUCUCCAGGGUGUUCAGGCUGCCUGUGGCUGUGCAGCUGGACGGUCCCAAGCAUAAAACUCCAGCUCCAAAUCAAUAUGAUGUCAGCUGUGUUAGCAGAGAGAGAAUCUCAGCAGUGGUUGGUACAUCAGCUUUCCUUUCAAAAACUGGACGUGACUCAUUUUGCCCAAACAAAAACGUCCCGUCACCAUGCCACUAUGAUGUGAACAGCCACUUAAUCCAGCACAGCUCCAAGACAGUCAUGUCCCCCUUCAGAUCAAAAACUCAGAGAAUUCCUGCUCCAGUGAACAACCAUGUGCCUGGUCCAGGGGCCUACAGUCCCCAUCAGGCCCCAGCACCGGUGAAGAGGACCAUCCUACCGAGGGGUUACUAUUUGGCAAUAUCAGCACCUCCUCUGAUUGUUCCUAAGGAUCCACCCUUGCCAGGCCCCGGACAGUAUGAUAUAGGGAGUUAUGACGGUGCAUCCAAGCAUCCCAUGCCCACUGCUGCUUUUGCAUCCAGAACUGAAAGAUUACCCCAAUGCUCACGGGCCGAAAUGAGACCAGGUCCAGGUUUCUAUGAUCCUCAGAUUUUGUCAAAGCAGUCCUUCUUUUACAACGACUCCAGAGUGUGGAUUCCUGUGUGAGACUCUCAAGGGAAAAACUGCAAAAACUAAAUUCUCCACACACACACAAACUGAUUAUCCCUGUCAAAAUACCUCUAUGCAAGGUAUGUGUCUCCAUGUUUAAAUGUACAUGAGUUCAUGAGCUCUGAUGUUUGUUUUUUUUAGGUCAGUAUUUGCUAAGAAGGAAGGAUGAAAAUUAAAUGUUUGCAACCA